UUUUCAAUUCGUGUUGGUAAAUGGUAAUUACCAGUUGAUAUAUUGGUACAUCGUGCAACACUGCUAGUGGAGAAAGGGGUCGCCGGUGCAGCUAUUUGAAGCAUGGGUCGUAAAAAGAAGAGCGAGAAGCAGAGAAAGGGAGAGGGAAACAGCUAUGAGAGUGGCAUGGUCAUGAACAUAUGUGAUCUUCCUGACCCAAUUCUCUAUCAUAUCUUAUCCUCUCUUCCUACAAAAGAUGCAAUUCGAACAAGUGUACUUUCCAAAAUGUGGGAGCAUCUAUGGAAGAAUAUAUCCAAGAUUGAGUUGAGAGAGAAUUAUCACAGUUAUCCCGAACAACCUGAACCUGUAAAAAGACAGAAAUUCAUGGACUUUGCGACCAAAUUGCUCAGAGAUUGUGAUUGCUCGAAUCUUAAAAAGUUUGAUCUGAUAUGUAGUGUAGAUGAGAAUGCUUCUCAGGUUAAUCAGUGGCUAUGUGGUUUCAUCAACCCUGAGAUUGAAGAAUUAUCUCUUCACUUUGAAGAUAUUUGGGAACCUUUGGUCUUCCCUGACCACCUGUUUACCUGUGCAACACUGACACAAUUUGAUUUGCGUAUGAAGCAUAUUUUCAAGCUUCCUUCUUCCAUUCAUUUUCAAUCCCUUCGGAUGUUGAGGUUGGUUAGUGUUAUAUUCCCUGAUAGUUCUUCAACGCAAAAUCUUUUCUCUGGUUGCCCAGCCUUGGAGGAGUUGGCCCUAAUUUAUUGCAAUUUGAAGAAUGUCAAGGCGUUUUUUAUUUCUUCUCCCUUGCUUCAAACAAUUGAUAUAGUAGAUAAGGAAGAUGAGGAAGAUGAUGGUCUGAAUGUUUCAAAGAAAGUAGUGAUCUUCGGAACAAAUUUGACGUCAUUUAAUUAUUCUGGUGACUUCCCGAAUGAAUAUUCAUUAUGUGAUUCAGCCUCAGUGAUUAACGCAUCUAUUAUGGUUCAAGUACCUCCUUCUCCCAAUUGUUGGGAUGACGAAUGCAUGAUUUACAGUCGACUGUUGGAUUUAGGCCGUUUCGUGUUCAAACUUCUCAGAGAACUCCCAAAUCUGGAGUGGCUUACCAUCUCUGACGACUUUGUUUUGGCUCUCAGCAGAACAAGAUUACUACUUAAAUAUCUGCCUUUUUUUCCUAAUUUGGUUGAACUAAAUUUCUCCUCAAUCGACGAGUCCAUAGAUUUGUCCUACCCAGGAUUAUUGGCCAUGUUCCAUAACUCGCCCAAUCUCGAGGUUAUUAGAUUUGUGAAAGGGGUGUUUCUACCUAAAGAUGAUGCAACAUGCAUAUUGGAUUGCAUACCUAUGUGCUUUAGUACUGACCUUAAGUUAAUUGAGAUCUCUGGCUUUGAUGGGGAAGAAGAAGAGUUAUUUGCAAUAAAAGUUUUGUUGCAAUCUGCAUCAGUAUUGAGUAAACUUAUUAUCCGCAGUUAUUUCUUUCGGUAUAACGGGGACGAUAUUGAUAGAGGAGAGAGGUUAGAUAAGUUGCACCAGCAGAUCUUAAGGUAUCCUAGGAGGUCAAUGGAUUGCGAGAUAGAUGUUGAGCAUAUUGUAAUCGGGUGAAGAUGGAAAGAAUGGAGCCAAGAUAGUGAUUUGUUUGAAUUGUUGAGAUAUCAAACUUUAUGGCUUAUGUUUUGAUACAGCUAUAGAAUUUGCCGAUUGCCUUUUUGUUGUAGUUUUAGAAUUUACUCAUUGCCUUUCUAAUUUGUGUUUGUGAACAUUGAAACGCAACCACGAAUUUUGUUUCGCUCUAACUUAUUCUAUUGACAGAUAUAAGGUUGGAAGAAUUGCUUAAUUUCAUGUUAAAGUAGUUUUAUUACUGAUGUA